AUCAGUAAACAAUCUCACAAACGUGCCCAUUCAACGCUGCACCAACCCAGGGAACAGCACAGUUUGGAUUAUUCCGACCCCCUGCUCGCUUGUGCAGACCCGGCUUGUUUCUCGUCCACCACUUUUACUGUUUUCCAUUCACGGCAGCCAUGUCUAACCUCUUCUCUGGAAUCAACGCUCGCUUCCGCGGCCAGAGAAGCCCAAACUCACCAGGCACAUCCUCGCCGAGCCCGGAGCAACAAGCACAAGCCCAGGCGCAAGCACAAGCAGCGGCUUCUGCUCCGGCCAAUGCUCCCCAAGGAAGCCAGCCUUCCCCUUCAUCAAAUCUUGCAGUGAAGCUCCCGCCGCUCCCCACCUCGCCAUCACUUGCUGAGACCAUCGGCAUGGACCAGGCCAGUGGCAUGAUGCAGACAGCCGAAGAGAUUCUCGCCUCAUAUCAUCUUCCUGCCGUCAAGCCCCUCUGGCUCAAUGCCAACUAUGCAAAGCACAUCGUCAAGGGCAACUUUAUGACGCUGAGUGCGAAGCCCAAGACGGUGGAGAUGGGAGAGUGGAUUGCACACCAAGUUGUCGAACACUGGAGGAUGUUGAUCACUUUUAUCCGCUUGGUUCACGACAAGGAGGAAGACGGCUCCACCAUCUGCAACGCUAGGAGAUGUCCCAAAAUGUCGGCGGGAGCCAAUCACUCCUUUACCUGGCUGAACUCACGGCUUCAGCCCGUCGAGAUCGCCGCCCACGAGUAUCUAACGCUGGUUCAGCGGUACAUCACGGGCAAGAUUGACGAUACCAACAUCUUCCCCACGGACCCCGCCGGUGUCUCAUACGCCGACAACCCGGCUUUCUGCACUCCGUUGCCCGAGUCGGGCCAGGACUGGAUAGGCAAGCGGAGCGGGUUCCCCCAGAACUUCAUGGAGACCUGCCAGACCAUCUUCCGGCAGAUGUUUCGCGUCUACGCGCAUCUCUACUGGUCGCACUUCGAGGAUAUGUUUUGCCUGAACCUCGAGAAGUCGAUGAACAGCUGCUUCAGCCACUUCAUCCUGACGUCAACCACGCUCAACCUGCUCAAGAAAACAGAUCUCGAGCCCAUGCAGCCGCUGAUCGAUCUCUGGGCGGCUCUCGGGACGUUCCCUCAGGGCUCCAAGGCCUUCGAAAUAGCGAACCUCCAGGUUGGGCAACUGCUUGUGCAGAAGGCUGGCGGGCCGCCAGCGAACUGAAAAAGAGGCGCCAGGAGGGCGAGCAGGCGUGUUUUGCAUAGAGGAAGCGAUCAGAUGCCGGGUUGCACGUCUUACACUGCGCCGGUCAACACUCGCAAGUUUCCACCCGAGGACGGGUUCAUUGGCAGCAGGCAGAGAAACAAAGCAUAUACCCCGUGGUCC